GUGCCCUGAGCUUCACUUUUCUUGCCCGGUCAUCUUGUUCUGGCAAGCUUCCAUCCAUCAAAUAUUCCAUCAGAUCAUACAUCCAAUGGUCGUCCGCCCCGACCUGGUUUGACCGGUCAAAUUGGCUUCCGGUUGUUAUAGCGGCGACUUCCAAUUUUUCGAUGUUGGCUCGAUCCAGGAUUUCCACCCGGGCAAGUUUUGAAACAUGCUCGGGAGCAUACUGCGUCAACUUGGAGAGAAGGUCUGCAUCUGCGUUCUCCGCCUGGGGAAUUUGGGCGAUCUUGAAUUCCUCGAAGCCUUUCAACAGGGCAAGCACGAGCUCCUUGUAUCGUGUCAUGCGUCCUUUUCUUGCUUCCAUGUUACCGGUAACUUGCCCAAUAAUCAGGCUAGAGUCAGAUUUGAUACUGACCCAGCUGAUUUUCAGGGCUUGGGCAAGUCUGAGCCCUCCAGCCAGAGCUUCAUAUUCUGCCUCAUUGUUCGUCAGCUUGAAGUUGAACACGAUUGCAUGGUAGAUCUUGAACCCUUCUGGGUGGUGAACACGAUACCACCCCCGUAUCCUCUAGGACCGGAUGCCCCAUCAGCUGCCAUCUCCCACCCUUGCUCAGUGGGUUUGUUGACCGGUAGGUCUGGAGUUAGACCGGUCAUUUCUACCAGGAAGUCUGGUUUGGAAGAAAAGAAGACACUUUUCUUCGUCUGUGCAACCGUUCAUGGUUGCACUCUGGUUGAAGGAGUCCAGAUGGAUUUCCGGAUCUUCCUUCCCGGUGAAUCUAUAGGGGCGUCGAUCUUGACCUUUCGCGGGAAAGGCGUCAGAUGGACCCUUGUGGUGAACGGGGACCCCGCCAGGGGUUUGUCCCGGUCAUUCUUUUCCUUGACCUUCUUCUCUAGCCUUUCCAGUUUUGCCUCCAUCUACUGGACGCGGUCAUUUGGGAUGGUUAACCGGUUCGCCACUGGUAACCUGGGCUGGCUCUCUGCUUCCUCUUCCUGGGAAGAGGCCCUCGUCCUCGCUGGCUCCUGCCGGUUAGACCGGGAGCGCCGGGUGCGGGCAGGCUCGGCCUCCCUCACCUCGCCUAACCGGGCGAACGCGCUGACAUGGGAUGUUCUUUCCCUUCUUCUUCUUGUGGGCCCUCGGAAUGUCCCACUCGCCGUCAUCACUCUCAACAGAGACGCAAUGACCAUCAGGGGUGACUUGCGGAUUCGUACCUUGCGGGGGACGCGACGGCUCUGCAGCGUUAAGCGCGCUAGUCAAGUUGACAGGGGCUAUGGUGCUGACCAGCUGCGGCUGGAAAGGUUGGCUGGGUCAUUCAUGAAAAGAGUCAUGCUUGGUGGGAACGUGACCCUUGGUCCAACGGAAGGGACGGGGGUCGUGAAGGGGCUGACCACGCUAGGCGUUGGGACAGAGCUCAGACCCAAAGGUAACAUUGGGGCGGAAAUGACUGAUGAGAAGCUCCAGAUGAAGGCCAGACAGACGGGUCAACUGGAGGUGGAGAAUGCCCAGAUAAAGGCUGAGCUGGAGAGGGAGCGCUCCGACCAGGCUGUUCACGCCACUACUUGGGUUGCACAGAAACCGGAGAAGUUUGCUGCCUGGGCACUCUCUGACUGGGAGGUCGGCAUCCGGUUCUUCCAAGUGUCUCAGCAAUUGAUUGAUGACAUUGGGAUCUUGGGGUUUGGGACCAGUCCGUACCAAAAGCACCGUGGGCUGUACGGGAUCUUAAGCAACCGGCUGUAGGAUUUUGACUCGAUCGUUCGAACUCACAAUCUCUUUGGUCAUGAUCGAGUUGUAUCUACCCGGUCUAACGCAUCUCACCAUUCUUUCUACCCGAGUAGGAAAUAAGCCACCCGGGUGGGUUUUGACAGAGCAUGCCCGGGCUAUGCUUCAAAGUUGAUCAUGUGAGUCAUUUCUUCCUUCACCCGGGUGAAUAAGAGCUCUAGUCCUCC